UCUACUAGACACCCAUUCCAAGCAAGCAAAUGUAAGCAAAUCGACCGGCAUAAGAAACCCCGGCCCAUAUAAGCUAGCUAGCGCGCCACGCAUCAAGCUACACUGUGGUCUGUGGAUAAUGGGGAGAUUAUUCAGAAUGUCUCCGGCGGCGGCGGCAAUGGCUUUGGCGGUGAUGUUUGCGGCGGCAGCGGUGGUGGCGAGAGGAGCGGACACCGGCGACGACGUGCUGGACGGGGACGCGCCGGGGGCGUCCUUCAUCUUCGGCGACUCGCUCGUCGACGCCGGGAACAACAACUACCUGUCGACGCUCUCCAAGGCCGACAUGGCCCCCAACGGCAUCGACUUCGCCGCCUCCGGCGGCUCCCCCACCGGCCGCUUCACCAACGGCCGCACCAUCGCCGACAUCAUCGGGGAGAUGCUGGGGCAGGCGGACUACUCGCCGCCGUACCUGGCCCCGAACACGACGGGCGGCGCGCUGCUCAACGGGGUCAACUACGCUUCGGGCGGCGCCGGCAUCCUCAACGGCACGGGGCGUGUCUUCGUCAACCGGGUCGGCAUGGACAUCCAGGUGGACUACUUCAACGCCACGCGGCGCCAGCUGGACGACCUCCUCGGCGCCGACAGGGCGAGGAGGUUCGUGCGCAAGAAGGCCAUCUUCUCCAUCACCGUCGGCUCCAACGACUUCCUGAAUAACUACCUCAUGCCGGUGCUCUCGGCCGGCACCCGCGUCGCCGAGUCCCCCGAGGGGUUCAUCAAUGACCUCAUCCUCCACCUCCGCCAACAACUCACGAGGCUGCACGCUUUGGACGCGAGGAAGUUCGUGGUGGCGAACGUGGGGCCACUAGGGUGCAUCCCCUACCAAAAGACCCUCAACCGGGUCGCCGAGGGCGAGUGCGUCAAGCUGCCCAACACGCUCGCCGCCACCUACAACGGGAAGCUCCGGGACCUCCUCAUCGAGCUCAACUCCGGCGACGGCGGGCUCCCGGGGGCCAGGUUCUGCCUGGCCAACGUGUACGACCUGGUCAUGGAGCUGAUCGCCAACCAUGGCAAGUACGGGUUCAAGACGGCCAGCGUGGCGUGCUGCGGGAACGGCGGGCGGUACGCUGGCAUCGUGCCGUGUGGGCCGACUUCCAGCAUGUGUGAUGACAGGGAGGCCCACGUGUUCUGGGACCCGUAUCACCCCAGCGAGAAGGCCAAUGUGUUGCUGGCCAAGUAUAUUGUUGACGGGGAUAGCAAGUAUGUCUCCCCCAUGAACCUCAGGAAGCUAUUCGCACUGUAGCCAUGGCUUUGAAGCUUUCUCACUGGUCGGCAUUGGCAUCUUCUUCUCUGGACGCAUGUGAUUUUGCUAAAAAAUUGGCGUGUAAUUUAUUUGGAGCGUUUAUAUUUGUGAUGUAUGGACGUCAGUGAUCCUGGAAUUCAUGUCAGAUUACUGAAA